AUGGUUCUGGAGCGACGCAGUUCGUGUCGGCGAAUCGCAAGGAACCUGUUCCCGGUCGUCACCAUGUAUCAUGAAGGAGAGAUCAACGCCAUCUUCUUUGCGGCCCACCUGAACCAGGUCUCCAUCCCCUUCCUGGCCGCCAACGAGUGGGACAAGAUGUGCAAGAACACCUGCGACACGGACUGCGACUUCCCUGGCGUUGUGGACUCAUGGUCGACGGCUCACAUCUACUUCCGUGACCACACGGAGGUGACGUGCCCCUCCGAGCUUCAUUGCAGCAUCAAGUUCCCUCUAAGGGCAAGCUGCUGCGAAGCUAGCCGUACCGAGGACCUGCACGCUGCCCAGAACCCGCCCGACAGCCCCAACGGCCGUUUUAACGGCGCGCAAGUGUUGUCUAGGCAAUGGCAGAUCGUGGCCGCUGGCCGGUCGGUGGAGGACACGGCGGGGGAGGGCAGCCGCGGGACAAAGGCGGAAGAGGAAGAGUCCCGGGCUCCGAAGCGCGAAGGUCACAUGGAGGGCGAGGGGGAGGAGGAACCCACCUGGGUGCCAACAGAGGUGGCAUCGAGCUCCUCAAGCUCGGAGGCGGACGUUGUUCUCGUGCCCUACGCUUCCCUGGUGAACGCCGAGAUGAGGAGCAAGCUCGGCAUUCGCGUGGAGGGCAACGUGGUGCUCUUCGACGAAGCCCACAAUCUUCUGGAGGCCAUCAACGAGGCAAAUUCGGUGUCCCUCACCGCGGCACAGGUCCGGAGCGCCGUGGAGGAUCUCGCACGCUACGCGAAGCACUAUGAGGCUCUGGAGGUCGCAACUGUGCACGAAGCGCAGUCUGAUCAAGCGCCCCGUGAGAGUUGUCUUGUCGCCAUGACGGAAUCGGACGACGUGGACAACAUGACGGAAGGCAAAUAUGUCUACUGGAUGGGCAUUGAUGACGACAUCCCUCGCGGUCACUUGGGCGAGAUCGUCGAAGUCCUGGACGAACCUUAUCGAAGGACCAAGUUUCCGCAAGGUACAUGGAAACUGAAGGCCCAUAGUCUCAAUGUCUCCGACUUCCAGAAGCGCACCUUCGUGCAUUGCCCGGGUGGCGACUACGAUUUCGAAGUCAUCGGUGAGAUUCUGGACCUGGACGAGGGCGAACUGAUCGUUGAGAUCAUGGGCGAGAAGGUGAAGAAGCCGCCCAAGAAGCUCGUGAAGUGCGACUUCCAACCUGGAAUGUAUGUCUUCUGGACGAAGUCCGACGAUGACAUUCCACCGGGACACAUGGGCACGGUUUUGCCGGACCUGAACGAAGAAGGCAUGGUUAAGGUCAAAUUCCCCAACGGCGCCUGGCGCUUUACCCCCAAGCAGAUGGUACGCGGGCACAUCCAACACGGCUCCUACGUGCAAUGGACGAAGCACGACGAGGACAUCGCAAAAGGAGAGAUCGGUGAGGUCUUUGGCGAGCUGAACGAUGAGGGGAAGGUCAAAGUCCGGUUUGCCAAGGGCUGCUGGCGUUUCGAUCCAGAGUCGCUCUUCCUGCACGAGAUGCAACUUGGUUGCUUCGUCACCUGGUCGAAGCAUGACGAUGACGUCGAGAAAGGCGCCGUGGGCCAUGUGAUCGGCAUCAAAGUGGAUGAGGGCAGAUUGAGGGUGCAAUUUCCCAAGGGUAGAUGGACCUUCAAGGCGAACAUGCUGAAACUGCACAAGGUGCAGCCUGGGAUGCUCGUUCACUGGGCAUGUAGUGAUGCGGACAUCCCACGCGGGGACAUUGGUGAAGUGGUCCGCAUGAAGGACGAAAUGAACCGGAUGGGUGUGAUGUGGCCAAAAGGAAACUUCAGUAUCAAGCCGAAAGAGCUGCGCAUGCUCCCCUUCCAGAAGGGCGACCGGGUGCAGUGGACGUCGGCCGAUGACGAUAUUCCGGAAGGAGAUCUCGGCAUCGUCAUGGGCAUCUCCUACGAGGGCGACGAGAGCGGAAACAGGCUUAUGGUGAAAUGGACGAAGGGAAGGUGGAACAUGAAGCCAGAAGGAUUGAAAGCUACCAACCUCGAUGCAGAUAGCAUCAACCAGCUCAAGGCUGCCUUCAAGCGCUUUGACAAGAAUGGGGAUGGCAAGCUGACCGUGGAG